ACGGCGGGCGCUGGAUGUGACCCAGGGCUAAAAAAAAAAAACCCAAGGGCAUCGGGCUGAAAGCAUCCUGCAGGAGGAGGAGGCUAUUUUUCUGCUCCUGGCCUGGAGGGAAGCCAGGGAACAGGAGAUACGGCCGGGACAAAUCCCUUCCCUGCACAGGAGGGGACAAAAAGUGGCACGGGGGCGAUGCGCCAAGGGGCGUCCUUGGAAAAUCGCGCUCCGGGCAGGCGAAAGCAAUGGUUAAUUUCGGGGCUUUUCUCCACAAACGCUUGCAGGCUAAAAAUAUCCCUCCUCCGGGCAGCACCAUUCCAGGAGAGCGCGUCCUGACCGCCCGGCUCGUUGCCUUUUUUGACGGGCUCCUGCCUUUGGUCGAGCCGCGCUGGCCGGGCUCGCCGCGGGGCACGGUGCCGGUGAGGGCUGGGCCGGGACCUGCCCCAUCGCCGCUCUGCUUUUUGGGGUAGAAAAGGCAGAAAAGGGCAAGGGGAGGACGGGGGUAAAGCCAUCUUCAUCCCGGAGCUCUUCCUCAGCCUCUUCGUCCACCUCUGCCGCUGUCCUAGCAGGGCUGGUGGCCCACGGGCAGCGCUGGUGGCCACGAUGUCCUGGAUGGAGAUGAGUUUCCUCCCAGCUUGCUGACGACAGAUGCCGCCGGGGGCCGGGCACGGCGGCGGUGGCGGUGGCGGCGGGGUGGGGGGGACGAGGCCGAUGGCCCCUCGGUGGGGAUAAGGCAGCGCCUCGGCGGGCUGCCCGGGUGCCCCCUGCGUGGGGUCUCCUGCCCCCCACCCCCUGCCCCGGGAGCCCCCCGGCCCCUCCUGGAGCUGCCAUGGAGGGCGCCUCGGUGCUCAGCCCGUCCUCGUGGGAGAAGCGGCGCGCCUGGGUGAGGCAGAGCCGCUGCUGGAGGACCACGGUGGUGGAGGAGGAGGCGGCCGCUGCCAUGCAGGACGUCCCCGAGCUGCAGCCCCCCCACCUGGACGACGUCUUCCUUGAAGGAAGCUCCUCCAGCAAGAUAGAGACGUGGCUGCAGCACUGUGGGUCAUCCGUGGAGGUGCUGCCGGAGGAGCUGGGCUUGCUGGGUCCCUACGGCUGCAGGAGCAGCAGCACCAGCUUCGAGGACGAUCUGACGCUGGGAGCUGAAGCUCUUCUGCUCCCGGGGAAUGACAGAGCCACCGGCAGCAGGGCUUUUCGGGGCAAGCAGCUCCACCUGGGGCACAGCAUGGCAUCCAGCGCCCUCUCCAGCCUCACCAACAAGACCAGCUCCAGCAUCUCCGAGGUGCUGGAGUGGCGGCAGGCGGACGCCGAGGAAAUCCUCUACAACCUGGGCUUCGUGCAGAGCGAGCCGGGCGCCGUGGCUCGCAUCCCCGCGCGCUUCUUCUCGGCGCCCUCGCAGGCCAAGGGCAUCGACUUCCAGCUCUUCCUCAAGGCCCAGGUGCGGCGCAUGGAGAUGGAGGACCCCUGCCUGAUGCUGGCCAGUCGCUUCCAGCAGGUCCAAGCUCUGGCCGCCACGGCCGACGCCUUUUUCUGCCUCUACUCCUACGUCUCCAAGACCCCCGUGCAGCGCAUCUCCCCCUCGCGCCUCGCCUGGGCCGACCCCGACGUCCCCAAUAUCCACCUCCCCCCCGCCCAGCCCGCCGUCCUCUCCCCCGGGGACCGCCUGAAGAAGGCCGUGGCCAAAAUGUGCCUGUACACGGCCCCCCGCGCCGGGGACAGCCCCCGGGGGUCCGGAGCCCUGGGCAGGGUGGUGCAGGAGGUGCUGGAGAGGGCCAGGGAGGAGAGGUUUCGCUUCGACCCCCCCGAUGGGGAGGGUGGGGAAAGGGACAUCGCUGGGGUGCCCCUGGGGACGUCACCGCAUGGAGCCCAGGGGUCUCCACCGGCACCCCCGUGGCUGGAAGGGGGUGUCCCCGAGUGUCACCAGCAGCCGGGGCUGUCCCCAAGGUUGUCCCCAGAGGGGAUGGACACUGCCGAGGAGCACCCCCGCUGCCUGAGCCCUUCGCUGGGGGGUCUGCCGUGGGCUGGGGGUGCUCCGUGCCCCGUGGGGACAGGACAGGGUGGCACCGAGGAUGGGCAGCCGUGGGGGGACCUCGCCUCGUCCCCAGCUCCGUGCGCCACGGCCACCGGUGGCGAGUGGGUGUGCGCCACCCCCGAGAAGCCGGGAGCCGAGGGGGACUCCGGGUUUGGCUCCAGCCCCUGGGGGUCCUCCCCCGGGGGGGGGAAGGAAGGGGCUGAGCCCCCCGGUGAGCCCCUGGACUCCUGUGGGGCAUCGUCCCCGUGGUCCCACCAGCCGAGAGAUGGAGGCCAACGGGCCCGGCGGAGCAGGGGACGGCACCGGGGGGGUGACCCGAGGGACAGCAGCCGGUGGCAGGGGGACGCACGGGGGCUGCACCCCCAAGGGAAGGCUCUGGCACUGGGGGGGCUCUCCCCCCAUCACCCCAGCUGGGCAGAGACGCGCAGCGGAGAGGCCCCGGACUCCUUCGAGAUGGAAGAGGUGCCGAGCGCCGGCGAGGACGACGGCGAUGCCCACGAGGAAACCGGCUGCUCCCUCCCUCCCUCCCUGCGGGUCCGGAGAACGCGCCCCCUCCCCACUCUCCAGGCUUGAUGCUGCAGGGCUGCAGCGGCCACUCCGACAGCAGCGGCUUCGUGGAGGAGCCGCUGCCCGAGCAGACGCCGUGAGACCCCCGAGGGACCCCCUGCUCGCCCCCACCGCGGUGCCAGCACCGGCUGGAAGCCGCCGAGGGGUGCACGAGGGAUUUUGCCCCCCCCCAUCCCAGCGUUUCAGACCCCGGAGCCCGUCCUCAGCCGAGAGCUGAGCACCGCAUGGAGCCGUGGGUCUGGGUGUGAGCGUGCGUGCACGUGUGUGUGUGUGUGUGUGUGCGUGUGCUGCACCAGGAACCUCUCAACUCAGGACUUUUACCCCCAAAACCACCAGCAUCCCCCCCCCCCCCCACCCCCCUUCGCCCUGUUUUUGUUUUCAGGGCUUCACUAGCACUUUGGAAACGCUCUGCUCCCCGGGCGCGUGUAACACUAGGACGGGGUUUUUCGGGGCAGAGCCCACAGCACACUGGAAAUAAAAUUCCCCAAGGGAUCAGGA